AUGCGCCGAGGGAGACCCACCGCCGCUGUUGCUGCCGUCGAUCCCUCGGCGGACCAGGACCCUCCGCCCAAGGAGACGCGCUUUCGCGGCGUCAGGAAGCGCCCCUGGGGGCGAUUCGCGGCGGAGAUUAGAGAUCCGUUGAAAAAACAGCGCGUGUGGCUCGGCACCUUCGAUUCUGCCGAGGAUGCCGCGAGGGCCUACGACGCCGCGGCCCGAUCCUUCCGCGGGCCCAAAGCGAAGACCAAUUUUCCUUUCCCAAACCCCGAGACGGACAACUCCCACUCCCAGAUUCCGCUCUACCAGGCCCACGGGCUCUCCAAGUUCGACGCCGUCCAGGUGAACCGGCCCACCACCAGCGGCAUGAGCAGCACGGUCGAGUCCUUCAGCGGGCCUAGGGUUCCCUCUUCCUCCACUCUCCACCCUCGCAAGCCCAUCGUUAACCCCAUCGUCCCGCCUCUCGACGAUUGCCACAGCGAUUGCGACUCUUCUUCCUCCGUCGUCGACGACGAGGACUGCGUCCUCACCUCCUCGUUCCGGCAACCGCUCCCCUUCGAUCUCAACCUCCCUCCUCCCGGCGCCGACGACGACAUCCCGGCCACUGCGCUUUGCCUCUGA